UGUAAUCUAAUCUCAAUAUGUGGUCGCCAAAAAGGUAAUGCUUCGACUUCUACUACCUCACUGAACUUCUUGUGUUAUUUCUUCUUCAACCUCUCCAAAAAUUUAUCAAAAUUGCAGAAAAACUUAUCGAAAUUGAUGAAUCAAAAGAUAUAGCAUCUGGGGUUAGCUUCUUUUAGCUUGAAGUACUGUAAAAAUUACAUCUUCAAAGCUAUUAAAAUCCUUUCAUGGCGUCUUCAAUACUGAGUGGAGCUGAUAAUUUCAAGCUUCUUAGUGGAAUUUCUCCAUCUGGGUCAUCAUUUCUUGGAUCAGAAUUGAAUCUUAAGUGUUUACCCCAAAAGGGUUUUGUUAAUUUCAGAGCAACAAGAACCCUAAGACCCACCAAAUGCAGUUUAUCUGCUUCAAGGCCAGCUUCUCAACCAAGAUUCAUACAACACAAAAAAGAGGCAUUUUGGUUCUACAGGUUCUUGUCUAUUGUGUAUGACCAUGUGAUAAAUCCUGGGCAUUGGACUGAAGAUAUGAGAGAUGAAGCACUUGAACCUGCUGAGCUACACACUAGGAAUUUGCAAGUGGUGGAUGUUGGUGGUGGAACUGGAUUUACUACUCUUGGGAUUGUUAAGCAUGUUGAUGCUAAAAAUGUGACUAUUAUUGAUCAAUCACCUCAUCAGCUUGCUAAGGCUAGGCAGAAGGAGCCAUUGAAAGAGUGCAAGAUACUUGAAGGAGAUGCUGAGGAUCUACCAUUUCCUACUGAUACUUUUGAUAGAUAUAUUUCAGCUGGAAGCAUUGAGUAUUGGCCAGAUCCACAGCGUGGUAUCAAGGAAGCUUAUCAGGUACUAACCAUAGGUGGGGUUGCCUGCGUGAUUGGUCCGGUGUACCCAACAUUUUGGUUAUCUCGUUUCUUUGCAGAUGUGUGGAUGCUCUUUCCAAAAGAAGAAGAAUAUAUAGAAUGGUUUAAAAAGGCUGGUUUCACACAAGUUAAGCUGAAGCGGAUUGGCCCAAAAUGGUAUCGUGGUGUCCGCCGACAUGGGUUGAUCAUGGGCUGCUCUGUGACUGGAGUGAAGCCAUAUGCUGGGGAAUCUCCAUUGCAGCUCGGUCCCAAGGUUGAGGAUGUGAGCAAGCCUGUGAAUCCUUUCGUAUUUCUCAUGCGAUUCCUGCUUGGCAUAAUGGCUGCAAGUUACUACGUGCUCGUUCCAAUAUACAUGUGGCUUAAGGAUCAAAUCGUCCCGAAAGGUCAGCCUAUCUGAAUGAUAAGGACGACUUAUCAAUCCAAGAGAAGUUCUCCACAAUUUCUGUUUGACAGUUCUCCACCAGUGACCACAACUCUGUCGCGGACCAACAAAGUUUUUGGCAUCGUCAUACGGGUUAAUUUGUUAAAGGUAUCAUGAAUGAAUUUGUUGAACUUUAGUCUGUUAGUUUUUCAGCCUUAGAAAGGGCCCUUGUAAAUUUUAUUUUCAUGGUAAAACCUAGAAAAUCUUUGUGACAUUUUCUAGUUGUAUAAUCUAUCAGUCAUGUUUUUUAAUC